GUGUGUGACCAUCUCGAUACGAAGUCGACGGUACGGGGAUGGCGGAGAAACGACGUGCGAAGAAGCGAAAGGAUGAGUACAGUGGCCCCGGUGGCGUAGAUCAGGAGAUUGAGAAAGCUACCAAGGAGGAGUACAAGGUGGCAAAAUGGCUCAAAGCGAAUGUGCCGACGAAAAAGACCAAGUUUCUCAAUCACAACGUGGAGUACUUUUCCUCGAUCAAAGCAAUCGAUGCGCUGCUUGCGUCAAAGUUUGCCCAGGGUGACAAUUGUCUCUUCCCGCACCGGCAGGCCGCAAUCGAUUUUAUGGCCGAUAUGUUGUACCACAAGUUUUUUCAUCGCGCCCGAAAGGUGCCGGUAAGCGAGCAGGAGCUGCGAGGCAAGAGUGGCAGCAAGAAGGCAGUGGAGGCGGUCACACAGGCGACGCCACAGGCGGCUAAGGAUGGUGGUAAGGCAGCGAAAGAGGAUUCGCGUGCAACCGAUGCUGAAAGCAGUCACGCCGAAGGUGGCAGUAAGGUGGUGGAGGUGGCGGAAAAACGCAAGCGCAAAAUCCGUUUGGAGAUGCAUCCGGAGCAGGUGUUUAUCGAUGGGCACGAGGCCUACGUUUGGCUGUACGAUCCGAUACCGAUGCAUUACUGGAUCUUUGGUGCAUUGCUUGUGGUCGGCGCGAUCGUGAUCUGUCUGUUCCCGCUGUGGCCACCACUGCUGCGAAAGGGUGUGUACUAUCUGAGUAUAGCGGCUGCCGGUUUUCUGGUAUUUAUUCUCGGUUUGGUCGUACUACGGUGCAUCAUCUUCUGUCUGGUGUGGGUCGUUACGGGUGGCAAGCAUCAUUUCUGGUUGCUCCCGAACCUGACGGAGGAUGUCGGAUUCUUUGCUUCGUUCUGGCCACUGUAUAAUCACGAAUACAAAGAUGGUCAAACUGGUACCACCGACAAAUCUGGCAAGAAGACGAAAAAACGAAAACGUGACAAGGAUAGUGGGGGUGAGGAGGAAAGUACCACCGGCGGCAAUAUCCCACCGACGAUCGACGAGGUGAAGGAACGGGACACGGAGGUGGAAAGUGUCCAGACGCCACCAGCGGCAACGUCGGCCGAAGGACUACGACAACGCGGUGGCAAACAGCAGCCACAGAGUGAAUCGAAACCGGUAACCCCGCAAUCGUCAUCGGUCACGAUCGCGGAAUCGAUCGACGAGGAGCAAAAUUCCGGAACACCGUCGGAAAGCGAUUCGGAAGGCUCGCAGCGCUCCUCGACGGGGAAGGACUUUGAGAUGGUUGAACCCGACGAGGUGGAUACCUCGUAAAAGGCAGUCACAGUCGUUUCAUAUCAUCUCACCCAUAC